AUGAGGUUUGCUCUCAAAGUUCGUAACUUUUCCUCAACGUCUGAGUUAUUGUUAUCUUCGGUUCAAUGGAUUUCCCCUCUACAAAAUGUCGGAAACGCUGAUUCUCCAUUCAGAACCUCGGAUGUUACUACAGGAGUUCCAAGGAAAUCUAAGUUCUUAUCUCACGAAACUACCAUCAACUUGAUCAAACACGAGAAUGAUCCACAACGGGCCCUGGAAAUUUUCCAAAGGGUAUCUGAGCAGAAGGGGUUUUGUCAUAACCACUCCACCUAUGCAGUUAUCCUUCACAAGUUAGCACAAUGCAAGAAGUUCGGGAUGGUUGAAAGACUUCUUCAUCAAAUGCGCUAUGAAACUUGCAAAUUCUAUGAAGGUAUAUUCAUCAACCUCAUGAAGCAUUUCUCGAGGUCAUCUAUGCCCGAAAGGGUGCUCGACAUGUUCAAUGCAAUUGAAUCAAUUGUUCGCGAGAAGCCCUCUCUUACAGCCAUCAGCACUUGUCUCAAUCUUCUCGUUGAAAACCACCAGAUUGAUCUAGCCAGGGCAUUUCUUUUGGAUGUGCAGAAGAACCUACAUCUGAAGCCCAACACAUGUAUUUUCAAUAUCCUGGUUAAAUAUCACUGCAAGAAAGGAGAUAUUGAAUCAGCGAAGGAAGUGGUGAAAGAGAUGAAGCUUUCUACAAUAUCAUAUCCUAAUUUAAUAACAUAUUCUACUUUGAUGGCUGGUCUCUGUGGUUGUGGAAGAUUAGAUGAAGCCAUCAUAGUAUUCGAGGAAAUGGUUUCGAAAGAUCACAUCGUACCAGAUGCCUUAACCUACAAUGUAUUGAUAAAUGGAUUUUGUCGGGCAGGAAAAGCUGACAAAGCUAAGAAUAUUAUUGCAUUUAUGAAGAAGAAUGGAUGCAUUCCAAAUAUAUACAAUUACUCAUGCCUUAUGAAUGGUUUCUGUAAAGAAGGCAAGCUGGAGGAAGCUAAGGAGGAGAUGAAAGCACUAGGAUUAAGAGCUGAUACAGUGACAUUUAACAUUAUACUCGGAGGACUCUGCCGAGAAUGCAGAUUUGAUGAGGCACUCAACAUGAUUGAAAGGCUGCCAUAUGAUGGUGUCUAUCUGGACAAGACAAGUUACAGGAUUGUUCUUAAUUCCUUGUGCAAAAAAGGUGAAUUAGAAAAAGCAACAGAGCUGGUCGGCCUGAUGUUGGUUAGAGGGUUUCUCCCACAUUUUGCUACCUCGAAUGAGAUCCUUCUCUCUCUUUGUGAAUCCGGAAAGGCAGCCAAUGCGAUUACCAUGCUGUUCGGUUUACUUACGCUGGGGUUUAAGCCAGAACCUAAUACAUGGACUCUAUUAGUUGAUAUGGUUUGCAGGGAGAGGAAACUACUGACUGCAUUCGAGCUACUUGAUACAUUAGUCAUGCCGGCAUUGCCGUCUUAA